AUGUCGUUGCAAGCUAAAACCAAGUUGCGAGCACUUAUUGAAAUCAUUGCAAAUGCAAGUGAGUUCGCUUCAAUACCCAUGCGACAUCGUGAAGACCUUGUAAUGAAGCAACUUGCUGCUCGUCUACCUGGACAACUGAAGAAUCAGAAGUUUUCUGAUCCGCAUGUGAAGUCAGAAAACUCUGUUAAGGUGAAUUUGCUGAUCCACGCCCACCUUUCUCGCAUCCAACUGUCAGCUGAGCUCAGCAAGGACACCGAUAUGGUAGUGUUAAAGGCCAUUCGUCUUGUGCAAGCUUGCGUUGAUGUCCUUUCCAGCAACGGUUGGCUCUCGCCAGCGAUUCACGCUAUGGAGUUGUCGCAAAUGUUGACUCAAGCGAUGUACAGUAAUGAAUCAUACCUGAAGCAGCUACCACAUUGCAAUGCAGGGCUCCUGGAAAGAGCUAAGCAAAAGAAAGUGGAAUCAGUAUUCGAGUUAUUGGAGCUGGAUGAUGAUGAUCGUCGAGAUAUUUUACGUAUGGAAGAUGUGCAACUUGCGGAUGUUGCCAAAUUCUGUAAUAACUACCCUUCAAUUGAAGUUGAACAUGAGUUGGAGAACGAUACCGUCACAGUUGGCGAUACGCUAUUAGUGAAUGUGUCUAUGGAGCGUGAAAACCAUAUAAACGGUCUCGCACCUCCUGUCGUGGCGCCGCUAUUCCCUCAGAAACGAAAAGAAGAGGGAUGGUGGCUGGUGGUUGGAGAUCCAUCUGCGAAUGCACUCUACUCCAUUAAACGGUCAGAUCAACAA